AUGCAAAUCCGUCCGUCCGUAGAACCAACCGACCCAUCCAAAACCGUCAGCCGGGCUCAGACAGAAAGCACGAAGUUGAGCACUCCUCUCUCUCUCUCUCCUUUGAUCGAUCGCUCGCCCACAACACAGGGAAGAAGGAAGAAGAAGAAGAAGAAGAAGAGAGAAGAAGAAGAAGAAGAAGAAGAAGAAGAAGAAGAAGAAGAAGAAGAAGAAGAAGAAGAAGAAGAAGAAGAAGAAGAAGAAGAAGAAGAAGAAGAAGAAGAAGAAGAAGAAGAAGAAGAAGAAGAAGAAGAAGAAGAAGAAGAAGAAGAAGAAGAAGAAGAAGAAGAAGAAGAAGAAGAAGAAGAAGGAGAAGAAGAAGAAGAAGAAGAAGAAGACGAAGAAGAAGAAGAAGAAGACGAAGAAGAAGAAGGAGAAGAAGGAAAAGGAGAAGACGAAGAAGAAGAACGGCCCCCCCCCCCCAGCAAUGGAGCCUAG